GGGGCGCGGCGGGGCGCGCCGGCGGCCAUGUCGGAGCUGGCGCGGGAGGAGCUGUCGGCGCUCGCCGCCAUCUACUGCGAGCCGGGCGCCUGCGAAGUGCUGGCGGCCUCAGAGACGCAUGGAAUCUCAUUUAGAAUUCAAAUCAGUGUGAAAGAACUGCUGGACACAGAUGUACUUUUAAAGCUGUUAUUUCAUUUACCAGUCAAUUACCCAUCAGCUCUGCCAGAUAUUUCUGUUAACUCAGACCAGCUUACAAGGGCCCAGUGUAUGGAUGUGAAAGAGAAAUUACUUGAACAAGCAAAGAAGCAUCUUUCUGAGCCCAUGGUACACGAUCUGAUUCUUUGGGUACAGCAGCAUCUUAAAGAUGUCAUUAAGCAGCCAGCAGCAGUUUGCAAUGAAAAAACUACUUUGUCAAAAGGAAAAGAAGAUGGUAUCUGGAUGCUCCUUUUGCAUUUAGAUCACAUGAGAGCAAAGGCAAAAUAUGUGAAAACUGUGGAAAAAUGGGCUUCAGAUCUAAGGCUGACUGGAAGACUGAUGUUCAUGGGCAAGAUAAUAUUGAUUCUUCUUCAGGGUGAUAGGAGCAGCAUUAAGGAGUACUUGAUUCUUCAGAAAACUUCUAAGGUAGAUGUGGACUCAAGUGGAAAGAAAUGCAAAGAGAAAAUGAUGAGAGUACUGUGCGAGACAGAAGUACAGUCACAGCAUAAAAGGUUUCAGAUGUUUGAAGUCAAAGAAUAUUCGGCACUGGAGGAGCUACAAAAGGAAUUUGAAACUGCAGGACUUACAACUCUUUUCUCUGAGUUUGUACCUUCUCUCUUAAAAUAAAAUUAAAAUGUAUCACUGGACCUUUGACCAAAGCAGUAGUUGACUGUAGAUGCUGAUGGAAGAUAAAAGGACUAAUGUGGCAAAACAAUGUUGAAGCAUUUCUGAAAAAAUUACCAGUAGUUGUCAUCCUCUUGCAAGAAGGCGGCAAUUAAUACAUUAAGAAUUGAUAUUUUUUUGACAUUUAUGUAUUAAUAAAUUUUUCAAAGCAGUGUGAUGUUGAUUGUGAUAAUUGCAUGGCAAGCAUGACAUUGGGAAGAAAUAAUGUUUAAAAAAAUAGUCUUCUAGUCAGACUGUUUUAUAGUUCCUGUUUUUCAGUGUUCUGUUUCUUCUCUCUCAUGGUUGAAUUUGUCGAUAAUGGCCUGUUAGAAAGCAUAAUUAAUUUUGCUUUGGAAGACUGUAUGAAGAUAUUUCCAUAAGAAAACAUAGUGAGCACACAUUUGAAUAUGUGAGGACAGCAUAUACUUAAUAUCCCUCAGGAGUUCAUUUGCUAAUUUUUCAUUCUCCCUUUAAUUGACUAUAAAUGCUCGAUGGUUGAUUUGAAGAAAAAGCUCAUGUCACUUGGGGCCUGAAAAAAAACUGAGAAGUAUCUCUUUGAAUAUUAGUUUUCAUUCUAAAAUUUAUAAAAAAACCCACUUGGAGGAUUUAAAUUGAUAAAAAGCUGAGGUAAAGCCAAUUGUAAUAGUUUCUUUGAUAGUUUACAGAUGUCUUUUUUGCACUUCACCUGAUUUUACUGUCUGUGCAGCUUUAGAUGUCUUGAUUCAAUUAAACUGUUAGAGCAGUAUAUAUACAGACUUCAGUCUUCCAUCUUUCAGGGUUCCUGACAAGUUGUUUUUGUUUGUUCGUUUAUUUGGGAUAUUUUGGAUCAAUCACUGGCCUUGGCCAUCCUUUAAUUUUUUUUAUCAGUAGUCUGUGUUUUACAUCUGUAUAGUGUUACAAAUUAUAUGCAUAAUUUUAUGAAUUGUGCAAGUUCUGUUUACCUAGGAGGAUUAGAUACUUAUUUAUUACGAUUACUGUGUGUUCUUUUCUUUCUGUUUUAUCUGAAACCAUUCUCUAACAAGACUAGAUAAAUUAUCCAGUAAUAAAAAUUUUGCAAUUGUGAGUUUCUUAGUAACUAGCUCUGCCAUUUGCCAUUUCAGUUGGCUUUAGCAUGUAGCUAAACAUGUGCUUUACUGUUCUCUAAAGUUCAGUCUCUUCUCUUCAGAAGCCAAAUGUCUCAUGUAAUCUGUAAUUAAACAGAUUUGAUCAAUUCAGUAUAAACUAAUUUAUUUCCAUUGUACUGGGGAAAGACCAGUACAAUUUGUGUGUUUGACCAGUACAAAGUAUGGUUUGGCAAAACAUUAUGUUUGAUCUAAUUUCCUAUUUCAUGCUCAGACCAUGAGAUCAUACCUCUAUCUAUUCUAGAAAAGCAGCUGAAGCAGACUAGGAAGAUUUUUAUGUUUUACUGUUUGAUAUACCAGAUGUGUAAAGGGUUGUAGAUUGUUUGAAAGCUUGUGAAGUUUUCAGGAAUUUGAUGAUUUUCCUAAUAAAGAGUGUCUCAAAUAUAUAUGUUGCAUGUUAUUUUA